AUGUCGCGGCCAACCUACGAAGAUGAAGACUACUUUGUACCUCUGGAGGAUCAACGCGUCUUUGGCGCUGGAAUAAAGAGAAAACGAGUCCCUUUCGUUCGAGCGUCCGACGAUCUCCGAACGACGUCUGCUCCUCCAAGCAAUGAACCUGUUACCAGCGUCGCCGACCAAUACCUCGCUAUUGUGAUGUCCAAGAAACACAAGAAGGAUUCAAAGGAUGCAAAAAUACAGGGAAACGGAGAUAUAUCCGUACCUGAUGGUCGGAGCGCCUCGGAGCCAGUCUCAUCGGUAGCGCCGUCUGAGAGUACCAUCACUGAAAACGAGAACAGCGCAGACACGCGAAUAAAAGAUGCCGCCACGGCCGCUCAUGCUGAUUUGUGUGAAGUCUGCAAACUUCCCGUUACUGUGGUGGACAGCAUGAAAGGGGGCCCUAGCCAAGUCGAGGCGACAUCAUCCAUAACGCCCAGAGAAACGCCACAUGAGGCUUCAAUUGUUCACCAAGUUUGUUUACAACAUUCACAUCCGCCAUCCCAUUUAGAUCGUAAUCGGCACGGACUGCGAUAUCUUGCAUCUUACGGCUGGGACCCUGAUAGCCGUACAGGUCUGGGCGCGGAAGGCCGCACCGGUAUACUACAGCCCAUCAAACCCAAAGUGAAAACAACUACCUCCGGUCUGGGCAUUAAAGCUGAAGAUGAAGAGGCUAUUGCUGCCAGUAAGAACUUGCGAAAGCAGCAGCAAGAACAACGUCAAAAGCUCAACGCGAAACAAGUGCGCCUUGGGCAAUUGGCAGACAAAAAGAAAGGGGAAAAGUUGCGCGAAUUAUUCUAUGCCAGCGAUGACAUUCAACGGUAUUUAGGUGGCACUUAA